UUACUGAGAGCAGCUGAAGAAUGCACGUCUCUCUCUCUCUCUCUGUCUCUCUCUCUCUCUCUCUCUCUCUCUGUCUUUCGCUCUUUCCCGGCAGGCUCUCCGGCUGCACACACCCUCUCUCUCUCUAAGCGAACAUGCCUGUAGUCGGAGUAGCGUCUAAGCUGCGGCAGCCGGCUGUCGCCUCCCGGCCGGUGCACACCGCUUUACCUAUUCCCAACAAAAGUCAGAGGUCAGAGGUCAGCACUGCCGAGUCCGCUCUCUCGUCCUAUCAGCUGUCAGUCAAAUCGGAGCUGCAGGAACGAAGCGGCCACGACGAGGAGAAGCGGAUCUGUAAGAUUUACACUGACUGGGCGAAUCACUAUCUGAGCAAAGCCGGCUGUCCUCGACUGAUCAAGGAUCUGACUCUGGAUAUUCCUGAUGGAGUUCUGCUAGCUCAUAUCAUACAGAUCAUCGCGAAUGAGAAGGUGGAGGACAUUACAGACUGCCCCCGGAGUCACUCUCAGAUGAUUGAGAAUGUGGAGUCUUGUCUAACAUUUCUGGAAGCCAGAGGAGUCAGUGUACAGGGCCUGAGCGCAGAAGAUGUGUGUAAGGGGAAUCUGAAGGUGAUCCUGGGUCUAUUCUUCGUUCUGUCACGUUAUAAACAGCAGCAGCACCAACAGCAGCAGUAUCUCCAGUCUCUAGUGGAGCUUCAGCAGCACGUCACACACACACACUCACCCAAAACCCAGCAACGAGCUCCAGACAUGCAGUCCAGUGUGACGGUGCGGUACGCGACUCCGCCCCCUCAGACUGGUGUAGGACCCGUGCAGAAGAAAAACACAAGGUUGCCAGGUCCAUCCCGAUCCCCUGUGGUGGGUAACAAUAAAGCUCCACCCUCAGCCAGUCUGAACCGCCGGAGUCAGAGCUUCAACAGCAUCGACCGCAACAAACCACUGCAGUAUGCCAGCGGAAAUGAACGGGAGUCAGUAAAGUCCGUCCCCCUGAUUGGUGGGAUAAACGGCAGCGUAAGCGGGCAACAAAUAGCAUCUGCUAUUCCCUCCCCGACGACCGGCCAAUCAUGGCGCAGCAAGUCCAUGAACAUGAAGCACAGUGCGACGUCCUCAAUGUUAGCCGGUAGCCCCGCCUCCUCACCUCCUCCGCCCACUUCAGAGAGGUCACGCCCAUCGCUCUCAGACGCGUCCAAGUCAGCACCGGGGAACCAGCGAUCGAUGCUGGAAAAGUUCCGACUGGUUAAUACACGCAUGGCUUUGCAGGAAGAGGACGAUCAGUCCGAGUACGGAGACGAUGUUGGGACGUGCCCCAAACCGCCAGGCAAGACACCGACACCAUCCCCUUCACUCUCGAACAAAAACACAGCUAAUGCCAACACUAAUACAACAAUUGCUGCUAACAACACUAAGAAUGCCAACAAAUCCCUGCCCCAACCCAAAGACGACAAGAGUAAAAACAAAGGCAAAGCCAGCACACCACCCAAAGAGGAAGUGACCUCAGAAGCUGCGAAAAAAGGCUCCAAAAUUGCCAGCUUCAUCCCUAAAGGAGGGAAAACGCCUGCAGCAAAGAAAGAGAGCGCACUUCCUGCUUCCAGCGGCAUCCCCAAGCCUGGCGCAAAGACGCAAGCGGCUUCAUCCAAACCUGCAGCGGAAAAAACAAAAAGCUCUAAAGGAGGGCAAGGGUACUAUGCAGGGCGCCCUCCAGGGGGAGUGGAGAGCAAGAAGGGUAACAUGGUGUCUUCCACAAGCUCUUCUGCUCUAGCAGGGUCCACCAUUACUAACUCUGGAAGUGGAGGGGGCGGAGUCACAGGGAGCAACGGGGCUGUCCAGUUACCACAGCAACAGCAACACAACCACCCAAACACAGCCAUGGUCCCACCUUUCAUGUACAGGACCUGCUCGGAGAACGACUGCACUGCUGUGGUUGUUCCUGAUUCUUCUCUUAGUCCUACUAAAGAGCUUGCUUACAACAAAACAGCCAAACAGUGCCUAGAGGAAAUAUCAGGUGAAGACCCCGAGGCGAGACGCAUGCGAACGGUGAAGAACAUUGCUGAUCUGAGACAGAACCUGGAAGAGACCAUGUCCAGUUUACGGGGGACACAGAUAACACACAGCACCUUAGAGACAACUUUUGACUCUACAGUUACAACAGAAGUCAGUGGGCGUGGCCUGGCGACUCUUUCUGCUCGGCCAGCCCCCAUGUCAUGGCGUCUUGGCCAGUCUCAACCACAGAGCCCUAGACUCCAAGCAGGUGAUGCCCCCUCUCAUCCUGGCAGUUACGCUCCUCCUAGGUCUGUCUCUUCAGCUACCGGUCGCUACGGUGAUCCCUCACGCCUGGUCUACACAGCACCCCUGAGACGGGCAGCGACUACCAUGGGCAAAAGUGUGGAGCUUGAAGAAAAGGAGGCAGGGCUAGAGGAGGAAGUGGGAGGAUACAUGAGCGAUGGGGACAUACUAGCUAAAAAUGUACGAGCUGAUGACAUGAGCAGUGGAUACGUAACAGAUGGAGGUGUGUAUCCUCGUAAAGUAGGUCGUGUCCCUGACCUUCCGUCUACACGAGAGCUAAUCCAAAGGGUUAAAGAGGGAGAGGCUGACAGUUAUGAUGACAGUAGCUCGGUCAGCAGUGGUUUGAGUGACUCUCUUGAUGUUGGAGCUGAUGAUGUUCACACAUUGAAUUCAUCACACAGGAGCAAGUCCAAGCAGCAGUGCAAUCAGAAUACCAGUAGCUGGUGUGGAGCUGAAGAUUUGAAGAAGGUUGAUGAAGAGAUUGAGAACAUCUUAGACUCCUCGUCUCAAAUGGAGGGGGCGGGGCUUCCAGUGUCACAGACAGGGUCUUGGAGGCGGGGCAUGAGUGCCCAAUCAGGUCUCACCUCACCACGGAAUAAAAACAGCAAUACGAACAUAAAAACAACAGCAGGUAAAACGGAUGAUGCUAAGGCCUCAGAGAAGGUUAAGACUCCAUGUAAAUCUCCCAGCAUGCAGCGCUCCCCAUCAGAUGUGGGCAAAAGCAGUGGUGAUGAGGGUAAAAAGUCUGGCAUCACUCGUCCCCCACCCACCACUGGCUCUUUUGGCUUCAAGAAGAUUCCAGCUGCUACAGAACUAGCAGCACCCAAGAGUUUAUCAGCCAAAUCAGCUGGGAAAGUAGGUGGGACUACAUGUGUGGUGGGAGGGGCACGGAAAACAAGCCUUGAUGGGUAUCGACACCAUGAUGAUGGGGUCCUUCUGAGCAUUGGAGGGUCUAAAAUGCCCCUUCAAUACCGUUCACUUCCACGGCCGGCUAAAUCCUACCGUUCCAUCGACUCUUCCACAGUGAAAGGAAGCGGAGUCGUGGCUGGGAUUGUGGCUGCGGGUGGGGCCGGAUCUGGACUUGGACCUGGACUCGGGCCUGGACCUGGACUUGGACCUGGAAUCGGGCCUGGACUCGGCCCUGCUCUCGGAUCUGGACUAGGGCCUGGACUUGGACCUGGACUCGGGCCUGGACUUGGUACUGGUCUUGGACCUGGACCCGGAGCUGGAACUGGAACUGGAACAGUAAAUUCUGGUUCAAAAAGGAAAGAAGGAGGGAAGACAGAGUCAGGAAGGUCAAGUCCAGUCAGCCUAAAUCAGACUGAUAAAGAGAAGGUUUCAGUGUCGGAACAGGAGGGGGCAGCACUGAGCACAUCACCCAAAUCCAGUCCAACAUCCAGCCAAUCAGGACUUAGACAACCUGGAUCCAAAUACCCCGACAUUGCCUCACCCACCUUCCGCAGGUUAUUCGGCAGUAAGUGCAGUAACAGUAAGCCGAGUUCUCCUGACUCCUCCAAAUCGGCUCCCUUCACCUCCCCCCUUGACUCCCCGAGCAGCGGAGGCAACAGAACGCCUGACUCUCUCUCCAACGCCCGGCCCUUCCUCAGCAGCUCAUCUGCAGGCAGCAAAGAGACGCUGAGCAGCAUCCAUACCAGCUCACACACCAGCUUACACACCAGCUCACACACCAGCUUACACACCAGCUCACACACCAGCCUUCACACCAGCUCAGAAUCCAUUGAGCUUCCUGCAGCACAUCAUCAACAUGCACCGAGGCUCAAAUCCACACUGUCCCAGGGCAUGACUCUUGACAGAAACACUCUACCCAAAAAGGGAUUAAGACAUCCUCCUUCCUCCAGACAGAUGUCUCAUGAAGAAGGUAAAGAAUGGCUUCGAUCUCAUUCCACUGGGGGGCUGCAGGACACGGGGAGUCCCCUCUCACCUCCAACUGGGAAAUACCACUACAGCAACCUACUGAGCCCCACCGGUGCUAUGACUCGGUCUAACAGUAUUCCGGAUCAGGAGGCGUUUGAUCUGUAUGGAGACGGCAGAGGGUUGUGUGGCAGUAACACAUCGCUGGAGGAACGACCUCGAGCCAUCAGUCGCUCCGGAUCGUUCCGCGACAGUACUGAUGAAGUUCAUGGAUCGUCUCUGUCCCUGGUGUCCAGCACGUCUUCUCUUUACUCUGCGGUGUAUGCCUACAUGGAAAAGACGGAGGAGAAAGCUCACUCUGAGCAAAUCAGAAAGCUGCGCCGAGAGCUGGAUGCUUCUCAGGAAAAGGUCGCGACCUUGACAUCUCAGCUAGCAGCUAAUUCUCACCUGGUUGCAGCAUUUGAGAAGAGUUUGACAAACAUGACAGGCCGCUUACAGAGUCUCACUAUGACAGCGGAGCAAAAGGAAUCAGAGUUGGCUGAAUUGAGAGAGACGAUUGAAGCUUUAAAGACUCAAAACACAGAUGCCCAGACAGCCAUACAGGUGGCUCUGAAUGGACCUGAGCAUCUACACAGAGUUCGGCGUCAGCAGUCCUCGGAAAGUGUAGCAAGCAUUACCAGUGCAGUUAGUCAUAGCAGCUUAAACAACAAAGACCCGGACGACAAGAAAAAGAAGAAAAAGAGCUGGUUGCGCAGCUCCUUUAAACAAGCUUUUGGGAAGAAGAAAAGCUCAAAGCUGCAGACGUCUCAUGAUGAGCUCGAGGAAAUGACCGACUCGUCCGUUCCGGAAUCACCGAAACUGCAACAUACACCCAUGGACAGCAGCACACAGGCCUUACACACGUCUUCAUCCACCACUGAACUAUGUGAGUGUACCGAGGCUGAAGCUGAGAUCAUCCUGCAACUAAAGAAUGAGUUGAGGGAGAAGGAGCUGAAACUUACCGACAUCCGACUGGAGGCUCUGAGUUCAGCACAUCACCUGGACCAGAUCCGAGAAGCCAUGAACCGCAUGCAGAAUGAGAUCGAGUUGCUGAAGGCGGAGAAUGACCGAUUAAAAUCCAGUGGAAACUCCACCCCUUCUGCCAUGUCAUCCAAAACCCCCCGCCCCCCCUCAGAGACCUCAAGUACCUCCUCCUCAUCCUCCCGCCAAUCACUGGGCCUGUCACUCAACAACCUCAACCUCACCGAGAACAUCAUGUCAGACCUGCUGCUGGACGAUGGCUAUGAGGGAAACCUGCGUAAAGAAGGACGAAGUGUCCGCAUUCUUGUCACCAUCAGUGGAGGCUCCAACAGGACCAAGGGGUUAAAUAGUCUCGAGUACCUCAUCGGCUCCAUCGGUGUCAGUGGGAAAACCAAGUGGGACGUCCUGGAUGGGGUCAUACGCCGACUGUUCAAGGAGUACGUGUUCCGUGUGGAUCCUUCAACGAGUCUGGGCCUGAAAUCAGACAGUAUCGUGAGUUACAGGAUGGGGGAUGUGGAACGCUCUCAAGCUGCUGAACUUCCUGAACUUUUGCCCUGUGGAUACCUGGUGGGAGAAAACAACCUCAUCAACAUUACACUCAAAGGUGUGAGGGAGAACAGUAUCGACGACCUGGUGUUCGACACGUUAAUCCCUAAACCCAUAAUCCAGCGUUACCUGAACCUCCUGAUGGAGCAUCGCAGGAUCAUCCUGUCCGGCCCCAGUGGCACGGGGAAAUCCUACCUCGCCAACAAACUGGCGCAUUACAUCAUCAACCAGAGCGGCCGGGAAGUGAACGAGUGCAGCCUCGCCUGCUUCAACGUGGACCAGAAAUCCAGCAAAGAUCUGUGUCAGUACCUCUUGGCUCUGGCUGAACGCUGUAACUGUGAUAAAGGAGACAGAGAGCUCCCCCUGGUGGUUCUGAUCGAUAAUCUGCACCACAUUGGGAACCUGAGUGACAUUUUUAAUGGCUUCCUCAACUGCAAAUACCACAAAUGCCCAUAUGUGAUUGGGACGAUGAACCAGGGCGUGUCCUGUUCCCCAAAUCUGGAGCUGCACCAUAAUUUCAGGUGGGUUUGUGCAAAUCACACAGAACCAGUUCGGGGUUUUCUGGGUCGGUUUCUGCGCCGGAAGUUGAUCGAGAUGGAAAUCGACAAAAACACUCGCAGUAACGAACUCAUCAAGAUCAUCGACUGGAUCCCAAAAACAUGGCAACACAUCAACACCUUCCUGGAAGCACACAGCUCAUCUGAUGUCACCAUCGGUCCUCGGUUGUUCCUGUCGUGUCCGAUGGAGGUGGAUGGUUCUCGUGUGUGGUUCACGGAUUUGUGGAAUUUCUCACUUGUGCCCUACUUACUGGAGGCAGUACGAGAGGGGCUACAGCUGUAUGGAAGGAGAGCUGUGUGGGAGGAUCCCUCCAAGUGGGUGAUUGACAGCUCACCAUGGAGCUCCACCCCCCUGCAGCGUGACAGCCAAUCACUGCUGCCGCUGCGGCCGGAGGACGUGGGAUACGACGCCUUCGGCUCAUUUAAAGAUGGAGCUUCACCUAAACAAUCACACAAACACACAACUCAGAGCGACAGUGACGGAGACCCACUGAUGAAUAUGCUAAUGAGGCUACAGGAAGCUGCUAACUACUCCAGCGCCACUCAGAGCUGUGACAGUGACAGCGCUAGUCACCAUGACGACGUGCUCGACUCCUCCCUUGAAUCUGCCCUUUAAGCCCCGCCCCCAUCCUGUGUCUCUCUGACUGUACAGAACCCAGAAGUGCUAUCUUUCUUCUGAUUGGACGUCGAUGUUGAGAGAAGUGGAAUGAACAAGAAUAAACCUUGAGGAAACACAUGAUUACAAAUGCAUUCCACAUGCAGCCAAACGACAAACAAACAAACAAACAACAGGAAGUUUUAUUUCAUGUGUAUUUCUUGUCAUUUUUGCGAGCCGGAGUGUUGGUUUUUCCGUCGACUCGCUCGACUCCGUGGUGCUGCCGCGGUGCCAAAAAAACUUGUUUACUCUCGUACGCCAACAAAGCACAAGCGGGCCGCAUCUCAUUCCCCCGCUACUGUGAAACCACGUCGCCAUGACGAUCGAAAUUUAACUAAGAAGCCGCGAUCGUCUGUAACGCCGAGCUGAAGCAUUUUCUCGCUCAUUCCACUGCCUGCAGUUCCCUUUUUAUCCACCAGGAGGAGGAGUAUUCCACACCAUGGGAUAGAGGGAGGAGGGGACGAGUCUGAUGUUAUGGUGCUUCUUUGCUGCCUUACGUACAUGUGCCGAACUGCGGUGUGGAAUUCUGUGAAAUCCGAUAGAGGGACGGAAAUGUGUAUGGACAAAAAGAAAAACAAAUUAAAGCCACGUUUUGCAUAUUUUUAUUUUUGUUACCUCACGAGUGAGUGUUCGAUUUCAGGACCGGAGCGAUAAAUAUACAAAAAAUAAUAAUAAUAAAAAGAAAGAAAGAAAGUAAAGUAAAGAUGGAAUUUAUGGAAUUUAUGGAGCCCAGUUGAGCUGGGAUGAAGUGAACUCUGAGCACAAACACUGACACGUCGCUUCGCUAGCAUGCUGUUUUUACUUUCAUCGUCUAUCUGUCUGUGUGUGUGUGUGUGUGUGUGUGUGUGUGUGUGUGUAUUGGGGGAGGGGAGUUUAAGUCUUGCACAUUUUCUCAGAUUUAUUUUACAGGCAGAAAUUUUGGGAAUCAGGCUGAUUGUUCUGUAAAGUGAAAUACAGCUCUGACAGUGGAGAUGAUGAUGCUGCUGCUGCUGCUGCUGAUGAUGAUGAUGAUGAUGAUGAUGAUGAUGAUUGGAGUAGAUCCCUAAAAUCACAGUAUCACAUUAGCACCUUUUCAUCUAAAACACACUGUACCCACUUUUUAUUCGGGUUUUUUUUAAUUAUUAUUAUUUUUUAUUUGAUGUUUUCAGCUUCAUUUUCCCAAUUCUUCUUCUUCUUUUUUUUCCAUUAAUGAAAGUUUUGUUUCAUUUGAUAAGGAAAAAAAUCUGAACAUUUUAUACAUCUAAAAUAUAAAAUAGUUUAUAAAUGGUAAAUAAAAUGAUAAAUAAAUAUAUUCAUGGUUACAGAUGACCAAGUAGAAUUGUGUAAAAAGUUGGUGCUUUACAAAAAAACCUGUGUUUAUAACAUGAAUAUUACAUGUUUAUGACACGAAUAUUCAGAUUAUUCACUUUGCUUUUGUCAAAAUAAUUUUUAGUUGGAAUUUUAGAAAAAAAAAACAUAAUGAAGGACGAAAAACGUCUUCAGUUGAACCUGAAAUGUAAAUCCCACAAAAUUCUCACCUAACUGUGAGUCACGAGGACGGGGGUGCCAAUACUUACUGCUUCAAAUUAUUUACCACAACAUGUAAUUAUUCUCACUACCUCACAUCGAUCACAUUAUUAUUAUUAUUAUUAUUAUUGUACUGAGAUCGUAAGUUGGCAGCCAUCAUUUAUUUUACUAUGAAAAUAUCUUCAAGUUUACAAUUGAAAAAAAUAUGUAUAUUUACUGCCAGGAAUAUUUAAUAUUCAUAAUUAAUCAUUUUAAAAAUCAUUCAUAUUCUUAAUAAAAAUGUAAUAAAAAUUGAUGUUCCUCAGAUUGUCCAAGCAUGUGGAGAAAAUAUUAAAGUAAUAAAUAAAAAUAGAAAUAAGUUCAAAUAAAUAAAUUCAUUAAAGCAGUUCCAAUAAACAAAUAAAAAAAGCACUUUUAGAACUGUCAUUAAAUAGAAAUAAAAUGUUUUAUAAACAAUAAAAUAUAAUGAAUUUGCAUAUAGAAUUUAGAAUCAAGGAAAAAAUAAAGAUGAAUUUUUUUGUGAAGAUCUGCCACAAGUUUAACAUCAAGGAGACGUUUAUUUCACUGUAAGCAGUAAAAAAAAAAUUAUGAAAAAAAUGGUGCUGUGUGUCCAUGGUGCUUCUGAUCAUAUCAAUUUAUUUCAUAAUAAAUAAGUCAGUAAAUAAAUACACACAAAAUCCUUAAUAUAAAGUUUUUAAUGUAAUUUGUAACGUCAUUUUUCUACGUUCUUUUCUUUUCUGUAUAUGUUUACAAAAAUGAUCUCUGAAGGUGCCGAGUACCAAAAUGACCUUUGACCUUUUUCUCCUGCUCUGUGGGCAUCAAAUUGUUUUAACUUGAGCAGAAAUAAUGUAGAAAUAACGGAAACAUUUUCUACGUUUUUUUUUUUUUAAAGUGAUAAAAUUUGUUUUUUUCUUUUAUUUAAAAAAAAAUAUACAAAGCUGCAAAAAAUGAGGCUCCAUUAUACAAAUUCAUCAUAAAUAUAAUAUUUACAUUUUUCAUUUCAAGUUGUUUUUUUUUUCCUUAAAUCUUUUUAAUCCUUAAAUUUCCUAUAAAGCAAAACAACAACAGUGAACAAAAUUUCUUUCAUUCUUAAUGUCAAUUAAAGCUUCACGAGUUUUACACAUUUUCAACAUUUACUAAUUAUUUCGCAAAAUAUAAAAAAAAAAAACUGUUAUUUUUAUAUUUUAUUUUUCUUUUCCAUUUUUGAUCACUUUGUGAUGUUUUUUUGGAUUUAGAAAAGAAAAGAAUGGAUCAGUGUUUUACUGAAAAAAAAAAAAAAAAAAACGAAAAUGAUGUUUCUUUUCCUACAAAUGAGUUUUUUUCUUUACUGUCUUUAUUAUACUACAUCAUGUUAUAUACACCAUGCGGCCAAAAGUUUGUGGACACCCGACAAUGAGAUUGUGCUUUUGGAACAUUGCAUUUCUCAUUUAAUCCAUAUUUGCUGUUCUAAUGAGCUCCACUCUCCUGGAAAGAUGUUCCUCAAGAUUGUGUGGAGAUUCAUUCAGCCACAGGAGUGUUAGUAAAGCCAGGUACUGAUGGGGGUGAGGUGAUGAGGAGGUCAUAUGUCUGGAAAAGUCAGAUGUCCAAAACCUUUCGGACUUUAAUGUGUCACAUCUGAAGCGAAAUCUGAAGCGAAAUCCAUGUAAAAGCACUUUUAAAACGAACUCUGUGUAAAAAUCCCCAGCAUCAUAUUCUUCUUAUUUAUUUAGAAUUUAUGUCAAAAGUUUCUCAUUUUGGCGCAAAAACAUUUAUUCAGAUUUUUUUUCUGCUCCACAAAAGCUGAAAAUGUGAGAACAAAUAACAUACAAUUAAUAAUAAUAAUAAUAAUAAGGAAGUGAGAAUUGUGCGUAAAGGAUCACACGUCUAUGCUUUUCGUGUGUGUGUGUGUGUGUGUGUGUGUGUGUGUGGGUGGGUUGUGUUGUAUUGUUUUUGUCUCAGUGUGAGUGUGUGUUGGGUUUUUGUGUGUAAAUGUUUUAUAUUUUGUACAUUUGUAAGUAAAAUAUUGUGUAAAUAAUCAGAGACUGCGAUUUAAAAUCAUCUGGAGAAUUUUGUAGUCUUUGUAUGAAUCUGAAUAAAUGGAGUUUGGUGUCA